UGCUAUAGACGCCUAGGACCGAAUCUGCUUGGAAUAUGCCUAAAUGUCGACAUAAUGUCGACACCUUUGGCGUCUGCCACAUGCUUGUCAGUAUGCUUCACAGGAAAACACCUGGACGCCAUGCAUAGAGCUUGCUAGCUCCAUUGCCGCCACUUGUCCAUGCUCUGCUGCUCCUCCUUGCCUAUAAACAGACGCCCUUGGCCUCAUCCUCUCUCUCUCCCCCCACAAUGUCGUCGCCCCUCCCCUGCCUCUCCCUCCUCCGCGCCCGGCACCGCCAUGACCAAGCAGCAGCUAGGUCUGCGUGCGUGUGCAAAUGGAGAGAAGGGAUGCGUUGGAGAAGAAGAUGGAAAGAGCAUGGUCGUGCCGCCCAGUGCUUGCCGGGGCGCGCUAGCGACUUGUGCCCAUGGCCUGGCCGGCGGCCGGUGUCCUCUGUUGCCAAGCGUUCUCUGUUGCCGGAGAAGAAAUGUGCGUGCGUUCUGAAGGAAGAAGAAGACCCCUUUGGGUCUAUGACGUGUGGGCCCAAGGCAGGGACCGAGAGAUGAUGAUCGAGCCAGUGAUGUGGUGCCAACCACAAGAUGCAGUUGGUGGACGACCUGAAGACUGAUGGACUUACCCAGUUGAUGCUCGCCAAGCGAGUACCCCCCCAGCAAACACUACCUAAGUGUUAAAUUAAAGGCAAGCCCCGGUUUUAUGCAUAACCGUUAUUGUAUGUUAUUUUACUACACUUAAUGUUUGUAGGCUUGUACUGUGCACUUAAGUGUAGGAGUUGACUGAAACCCUAGUUGCAUGAACUCAGGUUCCCUUUUGAGAUGGAUACUAGUAUGCUAGGUCGAGUAGCUGCUUUACUAAUUAGGGAUCUUGGUAGAAGUCGAGUGAUUUUUCUAGCACUCGCGCGAGGUCAUGAAUUGGUUGUAUCCACUUUGAUAACAGAAUGGUGAUGGUCUGUGGACACGAGUCCAUGGGGACGCGUGGUCUACGAGAUGAAAAUUGGAAUAAGGAUUAACGUGCGGAUACCUGUGUCAAGCGUUUGAACGUACUAAACACAUACCGAGAAAUAUGGUAAAUCGGUAAGCCUAGUACCUGAGUGAACCUGCCCGCAGACAUAUCCCCUCACGCGACCUGAGACGUGGUCUCCCAUUCCGGUUAUGGUGGGUACAAGUGCGGUCACUGCACGACGGCAGUCGGGGUCAGUGAGGCAUUGUACGCCAAGGCGGUGAGCCCUGAUCUGUUGCCAGGGAAUCGACGGGGACGGUUGAUGUGUGUGGGGACGGAGUGCCUUGCCACGUCGUGUGUUUAGGUUUACCUUGCAAGGAUAAAAACUCGAUUCGAAUCGUCUGCUUCUCGCAGCUAAUGAGACUGCUUGAUCCAUUGUACUGCAUUGAGUAAUAAGUGGAAAUGAGGUGACUGGCAAAAGAUGUUGAUUGAUAAAAUGUUUGAUACCAUGUAUGAAUAGCUAGGUACACAUCUAGUAUAAAGGAUUCUACUAAAACUUGAAAAGCUAAAACUUGAUUUUAGACUCAGCUAGUGCUUUUGGCAAACCAAACCCCUCAGCCAAACAGCUGCAUGUCUAGAGGUAGAGGAGUAGACUCCUCACACCGGGUAAGUCUAGCUGAGUAUUAGUAUACUCAGCCUUGCUUGUGGCAUAAUUUUUGCAGGUUCCCUUAGGGUGAUUGGUUGCUGGUGUGACUUGGCCUCCAUCCCUGCCACCGGGAUAGACGGUCGAGUGGGUUAUUGCUUCCGCAGGAGAGGACCAGGAGGAGUAGUGUGGCCAGACUUCGCCAUGUUACUCGGUUCUUCUCCGUUAGUUAUUUCCGCUGCAUUAAAAUUUAUGGUUAUUAUUUUUGAAACUCUGAUAAUGUAAUCACUAAUGAUACUUAUUAAAUUUGUGGUAUUAUGUUUUAUUGUAUUUCUCUGUGCCUCACCUUCGUGUGAGCUAGUGGUAUUCGAUCCUGGUAAGUGGCUUUAUCGGACUAGAUCCGAGGGACUGACAGAUUAUUCCUGUUUAAGUGUGUUGCUGCCCUUAAGGGUGCGACUUGGGCACUUAAGCUGGAAUAAUUCGGGCGGUUCCGCCACAGUUUUGCGCCUUAUGCAAUUGGGAACCCAACAUACACCAAUGUUGAGGGACCAAAUAUGCCUAUCGAGGGAUGUAAUAUGCAUGUAGAGGGAUCAAAUAUGGGUAUUGAGGGGAAAAUGGUAUGUGAGACACAACACCACUACCAAGACUGAUCACGUUAUGCCAGGUGUUACUAAUGAUUUCUUUGGGCACAAAGACGUGGGUCAAGACGACGUCGAAGUUUAGGUUGGUAAAAGAAAACAAGUGAACUUUUUUCGUAGCAAAAUUGCAUUAUUAUUCUGAGUCAUCAACAUUAUUUAUGAAAGUAUGGAGGCUUUAGAGGAGACCGCAACAUAACAUUUUUACGAAGAGUCUAAGGGUUGUACCCAAAAAUCACAAUAUUGUGAUCUGUUAUUUAGUUGUUGAUACUUUAAGGUCAAUUCAGUUAGUCUGAUGUUAGCUUCAACGAGUGUUAUUAGUUCUAGCAAAACUCCUUCUAGAGGAGAACAAAGUGUAUGCUAACAUGUAAUGUACAAAGAAGCUAGCGAGUUCGUUGAUUAUGGGUAUCGAAAAGAUCCACGUGUGUAGGAACUAUUGUAUCCUAUAUUGAGGUGAGGAUUAUGAAGGCUUACAGAGAUGUCUAAAUUAUAGUGCUAAUAGAUACAAGACGAACAAAGAUUAUCUCGGGAAAGAGAAUGGAGCCUCUGAUGAAGACCUCCAGUUAGUAGUAUUAUAAUGUUCUAAAACCAGUAGAUUUUUUUGUAAAAAUCCUAGAAACUUCGCCCAAGUGUAUUUGAUGCCCAGGAUAAUGAACAAAGAUCUUUUGCCUUUUUUCUUGUCACAUUUUUAUUAGAGUUAAAUGCAUUGUAGCCCAUGUACUUGUCAAGAGAUGUCAUUUAGGUAUACGAACUUUGGAAAUACAUUUAUGGGUCCUUAAAUUUAUUAAGUGGCAUACCGCAGUGGUCGGUAUGAUCCAAAGAUGAACUUAUCAUUUACCAUUUUUACAAGUUCUUAGCAUGUUUAAGGGAUCCAGAAAUGCAUUUUCAAAGUUUGUGGAUCUAAGUGACAUACUUAACAUUUAACUCCUUUUAUUAUAUCAAAAAAGUUUAAAUGCAUCAAUAGCAAGGAAAUGCAUGAACUAUGUUUAGGAUCAUUUUACAUACAUGAUGACUCUCUUGUACAUGUGAUUUUAUUUUAGAAUGUGAACAUCAUUACUCCGUUAGUAUUACCUGUUCUCUAAGUAUCAUACAGUGACGUUCAGGUUGGCUAUAGCAAAUAAACAUAUACUCCCUCCGUUCUUUUUUAUUUGUCUCAUUUUAGUUCAAAAAUAAACUAGUUGGUGACAAAUAUUCGAAAACCGAGGUAAUAUGUGAUUGGUUAGCUGUACCGUCUCGUCCCGCGUCACCACGUGCGUUGACUUUAUCUGAGUUUGUGUUUGGUUGCCUGCACGUGUGAAGUGCAGGCUGUAUAGACAGACAUAAAAUAAGUUAUAUUGGUUGCAUCCACACGUACGCCUAAAACAGUCGUACGUGGUUGGCCAGGCUCACGCGAGAUUAUACGCGUGGGUACGGUCAUCCAAUCAGGCGUAUAUGUACCAAGUACCGGAUUGCAUCAUCAUCGACACGUAGAUAUAUGUUGCUACGGGGCAAUUAUAUCGGUUCCACGGAUGCCUAACUGAAUUUUGUUGUCACUGCCGUGGGGGCUCUCAUGCUCCAAUCUUCAUGGAGUCCACUCCACAGAAUCAGAUGGACAUGGAUUUGCUUCCCAUGCCAAUUGCAACGAGAAAGGAAACAUGUUUGAGAAUUUUCGUCAUGAAAAACCUGCAGGUGGACUCGAUUCAGCAGUUAAUCAGUUCGGGCACAUUUAUCUCCUUGCGAUCAUGGCUGAAGAAUCUGAGGGCCGGAUCCAUCUAUGUCUGCACGUAUGGGUCAUGGCGUGUCUGCAAGCAUGCACACUCUACUGCACAUAUCUGCUGCCAACCAAACUCUCCCGCGUUGUUCUUCUUCACAAGCAACGCAUGCAACUCUCUUCAGCGCGCCUAUAUAAACGGCCGUGGGCAUGCAGCUUACUCACUCACCACCAGGUCACCAUCCAAUCCAGCAACCAGCACCAGCACCAACCUGAGCAAGCCUUGCAAAAAGAGCUGCACUAUAUCCAUCGAUUCUGUUCUGAUCUUGUUCGCUAGCUUGAGUGUUCAGCCCGGGCUGCAAGCCUGCAACUAACCACCUGCACUGCAGCGUGAUUAGCUCUACAAAUCGCAUCCAGCGGGAAGCUGAUGAAGCUUGUGUACAUGGUGACCCUCCUACCGUUGCUCUUCAUGUCCGGCGUUCUUGAGGCUGCAGGAGCGGGCAAUGACAGCUCGGCUGACGGCACGAACGGCAACUUGCACAGCUCUGGCACCAGCAGACCCGCCGCCGCGCCCAGGGGAAGGUCGCUGCAAGCAUCGCAGAGCAGCGUGUACAGCGUCGACCGCUACGGUGCCCGUGGCGACGGGAGGAACGAUGACACGCGGGCGCUGGAAAUGGCGUGGAAGGCGGCGUGCGCCUCGCCACGGCCGGCCGUCGUGCUCGUCCCUGACGGCAGGCGUUACCUGCUGAAGCUCCUCACCCUCCGCGGCCCGUGCAAGUCCAGCGUCACGCUCACGGUGAAGGGCACUCUGGUUGCAUCGCCAAACCGGGCGGAUUGGAGCGACAAUGACAGGAGGCACUGGAUCGUGUUCCGGAGCAUCGACAAGCUCACCGUCAACGGCGGUGGCGCCAUCGAUGGCAACGGCGAGAAAUGGUGGCCUCACUCGUGCAAGAUCAACAAGGCUCUCCCUUGCAAGGAGGCUCCGACGGCUCUGUCAUUCCACUACUGCGUCGACCUGAAAGUGGAGGAUCUGAAAAUCGUGAACAGCCAACAGAUACACAUGUCAGUCGAGGAUUCUGCAAAUGCGCUGCUGGCGCGGUUGUCCAUCACAGCGCCUGGCACCAGCCCUAACACUGACGGCAUCCACAUCACUCGCAGCAAAGAUGUACGCGUCACAGACUGCAAGAUCAAGACAGGGGACGACUGCAUGUCAAUCGAGAACGGGACUCACAACCUCCAUGUCUCCAAAGUUAACUGUGGUCCAGGGCAUGGGAUCAGCAUCGGAAGCCUAGGAGACGACAACUCAAGAGCAGAAGUCUCCGGCAUCACCAUAGAUUCAGUGCAACUACACGGCACAACCAACGGAGCACGCAUCAAGACGUACCAGGGAGGCAGCGGAUACGCCAAGGACAUCACGUUCCAAAAUAUGGUUAUGUACGACGUCAAGAACCCGAUAAUCAUCGACCAGAACUACUGCGACAAGGCUAAGCCAUGCGGAGAACAAGAGUCAGCAGUGCAGGUCAGCGGUGUCGUCUUCAAGAACAUUAGAGGGACGACCAGUACCAAGGACGCCAUCAAGAUGAACUGCAGUGAGAACGUCCCAUGCCAAGGCAUUACCUUGCAGAACAUCGACCUGAAAAUGCAGGACGGCAAGGGCAACACAAGAAGCACUUGUCAGAAUGCAAAAUGGACAGAAUUUGGGACAGUUCGCCCGCAGCCUUGCACUGCCAUAAAGUAGGGGGCAAUUGAAGUCUGUUGCUCGUGCUUUGUAGUCUGUACAGAUGGAGUAGUCAUACUCAUGUAUAUAUAUACCGCCAACUCUAGUAACACCGUACAUGCGGUCAUGUAUAAUAUUGUUUUGCACUGUA